GCUUUCUAGAAAACUCUUCUUGGAGCCCUGUUCUGGUUUGCAAUCUUACAGAGCGCUCUUCCCCGUUCAGCUCCGGCGUCCGAUUAUCGAUUCUCGAUUCUCCUUCAGCCGCAACCCCAACUUGUAGCCUUCCACGCCGUCGUUAAGUUUUUACCAGCGACGAUGGCGACUGUUAUGCAGAAAAUCAAAGACAUCGAAGAUGAGAUGGCAAGAACUCAGAAGAACAAAGCUACGGCUCAUCAUCUGGGAUUGCUUAAGGCAAAGCUUGCAAAACUUCGCAGAGAAAUUCUUACACCAGCGACAAAAGGAGGUGGUGGUGCUGGAGAAGGCUUUGAUGUUACAAAGAGUGGUGAUGCAAGAGUUGGCCUUGUUGGUUUCCCAUCAGUUGGAAAAUCAACACUGUUAAACAAGUUGACUGGAACUUUUUCCGAGGUUGCUUCAUAUGAGUUUACUACUUUAACUUGCAUUCCUGGCGUGAUCACUUAUCGAGGAGCUAAAAUUCAGUUAUUGGAUCUUCCUGGUAUUAUUGAAGGUGCAAAAGAUGGCAAGGGUAGAGGUAGACAGGUUAUCAGUACAGCACGAACAUGUAACUGCAUCCUGAUUGUGCUUGAUGCUAUCAAACCAAUCACUCACAAACGUCUGAUAGAGAAAGAGCUCGAAGGUUUUGGCAUAAGAUUGAAUAAGGAGCCACCAAAUCUGACAUUUCGGAAGAAAGAUAAGGGUGGAAUCAAUCUUACAUCUACAGUGAACAACACGAAUCUUGACCUUGAAACAGUGAAGGCAAUUUGUGGUGAAUACAGAAUACACAAUGCUGAUAUCAAUCUCAAAUAUGAUGCAACAGCUGAUGACCUUAUAGAUGUCAUUGAGGGCAGUAGAAUAUAUAUGCCGUGCAUCUAUGUUGUCAACAAGAUUGAUCAGAUCACGCUUGAAGAGCUUGAAAUUUUGGAUAAACUACCACAUUACUGCCCUAUCAGUGCUCAUUUGGAAUGGAACCUUGAUGGUCUUCUGGAAAAAAUAUGGGAGUAUUUAAAUUUAACCCGCAUAUACACGAAACCUAAGGGGAUGAAUCCGGACUAUGAUGAUCCUGUGAUAUUAUCAUCAAAGAGACGGACAGUUGAGGACUUCUGCAAUAGAAUCCACAAGGACAUGGCCAAACAAUAUAAAUAUGCUCUGGUUUGGGGUUCGAGUGCGAAGCACAAACCACAAAGGGUGGGCAAGGAGCACGAACUGGAAGACGAAGACGUCGUGCAGAUCAUCAAAAAGGUGUAAUAUACACAUGAAGUUUUGCUACUGAGAGUGAUUGCGGUAUGAGUUAAGAAUCCACGCUCAAGUUAUUUUCUUGAAGUACACUAUUUGUGCGUGUAUCACUCACUAUCAGGUAGAAAUGAAUAGUGACGUAGAUUUGAAACUAUAAUGUAUGUUUUGUCUGAUGAAAGCUGUUUUGUUAGUGAGUGAAAUUAAGAUUGCUGUAUCUCAUUCUAUCCUUUUCUUUGUCAAUUCAUAACUGAAUAGAAUUGCAUGAUUUUGGAGGCCGUUGUUAGAUAUGCAUGUUCUAAUGAUUUUU